CUGGAACUUCUGAAUCAGCUCCGUAACUGAGCAAUUAAGUGCCGCAUCGCGUUCGUUUGUGAAUAUUUUGUGUCGAGCUGCCUUGCGCAGUAAACGAAUGCCUUAACUCGGUACGGAAAUGCACACAAGUGGCCGAGCUGGAGCUGCGCGGAGCCCGCACGCAUUCUGCACCGCCGGUCGGUGGUGGAGAUUCGUGUUUUCAGAUUGGUAACAACGGAUAGCGGUCGUGCUGGGCGCGGUACGGGAUUAAUAUGGAUCAAUGACACGCACCUCGUAGAUAAUGGAAUAUACAAAACUGUAUUUGCGCAUUUGAAACUGUUUGUAAGUACACGACCAGUUCACUGUUAGAAAUACACCGAUAUGUACUGGAUUCAUCCUUUCUAAGACGCUGUGGAGAUAGCCUAUUCAAAGAGAAAAGUGAUUCGUUUCUAUUACGAGAAACGAGCAUAUAAUUCCUGGCACUCGGAUCAACGACGCAUUUAUGGAAAUUGGGUCUCUCAGAUGGCAUGAAACUGCAAAGACGUGACUGGACCUGAUGAGAUUCAACGCAACGCUUCAUCAUUUCAGUGAUCCAGCUGCGUGGGUUGAACACUGAUGCUCCGGAUCUCUGAUGCUGAUGCUGGUUCGUCGCCCUUGCGCUGUUGCUGCAUUCUAGGAUGUUGCGACAAGUGUUGCACGAAGGGCUCAGGACGUCAUUCCACAAACUGGGCCACUUUGUCGCCAAUCACCCGGUGUUUUUCGCCUCCGCGCCCGUGCUGAUCUCCAUCCUGCUGGGCGCGAGCUUCAGCAGAUACCGCAUAGAGGAAAACGUGGAGUACCUGUUAGCCCCCAAACACAGCCUGGCGAAGAUCGAGGGGAACUUGGUGGAUAGUUUGUUCCCCGUAAACCGAUCCAAACACACCCUCUACUCGGAUUUGCAAACACCCGGCAGAUAUGGCCGGGUCAUCGUGACUUCCCGCAGGGGGAGCGUGUUGGACCCUCACCAUGUUAACUCAGUCCUAAAGCUACACAACACAAUCACUCAGAUCCAGGUUCCUAUGCUGGGAUUCAACUACACCUUUGCCCACCUCUGCCUGUUGGAUGACAGCAAGAGCUGCAUCGUGGACGACAUCCUGCGGGUUCUGGAGGAGAUGAGAUCAGCACGGGCAUCCAACCAUUCAGUACCCCCUCUGCGUUACCCUAUCACCAAACUCAAAGAUGGGCGGGAGGCCUACAUUGGGCACCAACUGGGCGGAGUCCUGGCAGGCGGAGGGAGAGACGGGGUGCGUUCUGCUCGAGCCCUUCAACUCACAUACUACCUGCAAGCGGCCAGCCCACUGAACGAAGUGGUGGCGGCCACCUGGGAGCUGCUGUUCUGCAAGGAGUUGGAGAACUUUGGAAAGGUUCAUCCAGAGCUUAGCCUAUACCCCUUCACUUCCUCUUCUCUUCAAAGGGACUUCCAAAGGACCAGUCGAGUAUCAGAACGGCCACUGCUCUUUAGCCUGGCUGUGUGCCUCUCGCUGGCCAUGCUGUGCUGCUCAAUGCGAGACUGUGUGCGUACAAAGCCUUGGCUGGGUCUUCUGGCUCUAGUGACUGUCAGCCUCGCUACACUCACCUCUGCAGGCAUUUUAAACCUCACAGGAGGGAAAUACAAUUCAACAUACCUGGGCAUCCCGUUUGUCAUGUUAGGUCAUGGCUUGUUUGGCACAUUUGAGAUGCUGUCGUCUUGGCGUCGGACCCGCGAGGACCAGCAUGUGAAGGAGAGGGUUGCUGCAGUGUUCUCUGACUGUAUGCUGCCCUUCACAGCUAGCACGGCCUUGCACGUGGUCACCUUCGGCAUCGGGGCCAGUCCAUUCACAAACAUUGAGGCCGUGCGUCUCUUUUGUCGAAACGCCUGUAUCUCAGUCCUCUUCAACUACCUCUACAUCCUCACCUUCUACGGCUCCAACCUGGUGUUUGCCGGCUACCUGGAAAACAACUACCGCCACAGUCUUUUCUGCAGGCGUGUACCAAAGCCUGAGUUGCUGCAGCAGAAGCCGGCGUGGUACCGUUUUCUCAUGUACACUCAUUACAACGAGGAGGCAACAGAUGCAGGACCACUGCGUGCUUAUGAGAGUCACCUGCUGGUAGCCUUUAUGAAGCGGUACUACUGUGACUGGAUCACCAACACCUACGUCAAACCAUUCGUGGUUCUGUUCUACUUGGUUUAUGUUUCCUUUGCCCUCAUGGGCUACCUUCAGGUCAGUGAAGGGUCAGAUCUUAGUAAUGUGGUUGCCACUGAAACAAGCACUAUAGCAUACACCCGUGCACAGCAGCGGUAUUUCAGCAGCUACAGCCCCGUGAUUGGCUUCUACAUCUACGAGUCCAUUGAGUACUGGAACACGAGUGUGCAAGAGGACCUACUGGAAUACACCAAAGGUUUUGAACGCAUCUCCUGGUUUGAGAGUUACCUCAACUACCUUCACGGGCUGAACAUCACCACUAGCCUGUCACGCAGCAACUUCACAGAGCGCUUGCGGUCUGGCUUUUUGCGCCAACCCCGAUAUGUGCAUUUCUCAGAUGAUAUCAUCUUUGCCAAACGUGCGGAUGGGGAAUUUGAUGUGGUAGCCUCGCGUAUGUUUCUAGUGGCCAAGACAACAGAAAACAAACGAGAGGAGAUGUCUAUCCUGCUGGACACACUAAGGAAGUUAUCGCUGACCUCCAGGGUGAAGUUCAUCAUCUUCAAUCCAUCCUUUGUGUAUAUGGACCGUUAUGCUUCAUCUGUUGGAGCACCCCUGAAAAACUCUUGCAUCGCUGCUCUCUUUCUGCUCUUCUUUUCCACCUUCUUGGCAGCUGACCCACUGGUGAAUGCCUGGUUGACUGUGACAGUAGCCUCUGUUGAGUUCGGUCUGGUGGGUUUCAUGACCCUGUGGCGGGUAGAGUUAGACUGCGUCUCAGUGCUGUGUCUGAUCUACGGCGUGAACUAUGCUGUAGACUCCAGUGCUCCGCUGGUGUCUGCAUUCGCUCUAGGGCGGGAAUCCACGCGUACGCGCUGGGUGAAACUGGCUCUGGAGCGACAUGGAGUUCCUGCCCUUCAGAGCUACUUGUGCUAUGGGGCUGCUCUGCUCCCUCUCGCAGCCGUGCCCUCGAAUCUCACCCGCACGCUCUUCAGGUGCCUCUUUCUCACCGCCAUCAUCACCGCCUUCCACUGUUUGGCCAUUCUCCCCGUCCUGCUUACCUUCUUGCCUCCCUCCAAGAAAAAACGGAGGGAGAGAAAGAAUGCUGCAGAAAACCGGGAGGAAAUUGAGUGCGUGGAGAUGGUGGACAGCACACGAGUGGUUGAUCAGAUAACCACUGUCUGACCACAUGCCCAAAAGAGAGGUAGUCUGGAGGAUGUAAAAGAGAGAAAAAAACAAAACACCCCCAGGGGGUGGCAUAAGGAGACCUGAGAUAUGAGAGUUAGCCUUUGUGCAGCUGGGCUUCCAGUUCCCAUACUUAAAAGCCUCUAGAUGGCUUUUAAGUACUUUAUGGGUGUUCUUUAGUAUAAGGCCACAUUUUAAACAAGGCUUUUGUUUGAUGGUAAAAGCAGAUGAGUUUGAGGUUGAGCCAUUAACAAUGGGUGUAUCAUUGUCAGGGUAAAAGCCCUAUGCAGGUUUUGCUGCAGCUCAAUGAGAGCGAGGAAGGCCACACUGCUGCACAGUUGCAGAUAAUCACAGAGGGGGGCUCCUCUGGUCUGCAGUAUUACAGCAGCAGUAGAGCAGAAACAGUAACAAGCAAUUGCUUUGAAAAGGCGUAGAUAGAGACUUACAAUGUUUCUGAUGCCCCAAGAACCAUACUAAGACUCUCACGGGGCACUAAGCUAAAGACCAAGCAGCCAUAUUCAUACCUGCUGAUAGCCAUGACUUUAAUGCGCCCAAUGUUGUCUUCUCAGAGGUUAGAUUUUUUGGUCUGGACCAUACAUUUGUAUUUUGGUAUAUGGUGGUAUUAAAAUUACAUAGUAUUUGAAAAGUAUUUUCACUGACCAUGGUGGAAGUCCCCCAUGACCGAUGUCUCAGAGGCAUUUAUGGCUCAUCUUCCAUAAAGGAAUGUAUAAGAGAGAAAAAAAUGGGCGGGUGAAAGAAAAGGACGGAAGGGGGUGGGGAUGCUUCUGAGAGAUACACAGAAGCAAGACUCUGCUAACAGGUUGGUAUGCUGUGAAAUGCUUCCAUGGUAACUCUGGUCACAGUUUAGUUGCAUAAUGUAUGUAUAAUUUCCUACCCUCUAAGUUCAAUAAGGGCAUUGGUUACCAAUUAAGUCGUACUGCAGUGGGGAGUAUAAUCUAUGAAGGAUUUAUCCCUGCUGGUUCUUGCUUAUUUUGUUUGCCUUUAAAAAUGCUGAAAAUCACCUUGUCACAGACAAUGCUCUUCAUCAAUAUGCAUGAGCCAGAGUCCCUUCGUUUUCACUCUCCUUUGCCCUCUGUGUAUGAGAGGUUCAAAAAAUAUAUAUACGGAGACCUGGAGCAGAAAGAGAGUAUAGGAAAGGAGCAUCUGGCCAAUCAAAUCCUCUUACUUUUCAAGUUCUCCUCAGUCCCAAAAGCAAUUGAUAUCAAAUCAAUCAUGAGGUAUAAUAGCAUCCCCUUUAGCUCCAACCCUUACUGUUUUUGUGCAGGGAUUAGUGCUUUAAGGCAGCUGGGGCGGGGGUUGGGGCAUAGGGUUUUUUCAAGUCCCCUUUCUCAAGCACACAUGUGGACUGUGACAUUGAUAUUUAUGAUGACUGUGGCAUAAUAGAAAGGUUAUGUUGCAGCUUGUGAAAUAUUGCUGAAUGCAUAGCUACAGAUAAUCAUAUCAAGGACAAGAAAAGGAAAAAGACAGUUAGACAUGCACAUGAUUGGAAACAUUUGCACACACACUUAAUGUGGCAGCUGAAAAAUAGGCUUUUUUUUUUUUGGAUCAUUCCCCCGCUACUUGACUGAUGGUCCUCACCUACUCCAAUCUCCUCCUAAGUAGCACUCCUGAAUCACUGCACAGCCCACAAGCAUGAGAUAUAAACAUCGAGAUAUACACCUAUAAUAAUAAAACCGAUAAUUAAAUCAGCCCAUAUAUACAGCAUUUACAGUUGCUAGAGCCUCUCACAGCUGAUCUUACUCAUCUCAAUGAAGUAGCCAGUACUCAAUACUCUUUCUGACUAAUCUGAGGAUAGUGCUCUGAAAGACUCUCUCAACAAUUUAAUUAAAGUGUUCUAACAUCUCUGAGUGAUCUCAGACCAGCAACCCAACUGCAGCUUUUACUGAUCUCAGCUGUUGCUGAUCUCAGUGAAGCACUCAGACAGCUAUGUCUGAUCUCAGAACAGUGCUGUAAAUAGAGCUUUCACUGAUCUCUGAAUAGCACUGAAAUACAUUAGAAACAUCUUUUUUGUUCAUCACCUUUUUGUUUUGAAAGGCCCUAUACUGAAUUAUUAUUAUUAUUAUUUUUUUACCUGUACUUUUGUUUAUCUAACAUCUCUAUCUCUAACCUAUAACCCUAACUCUAACAACAAACUCAAAUACAUUUCCAUGACAAAUAAAUCAGCAUAAGAUAUUAAGGCUUUUUUCCCCGAGGACAAAUCUUGCAUUAAAUAUAUUUUUCUUACCCUUUUGACAAAUAGUAGUUUUCUUGUAUUAAGCCUAAAAAAACUAAAUUUAGUUAUAUUUGAACAAUGAUCUUGUUUUCAGAGAACAUAUAUAUGCCUUAAUAAGUAAUGCAAUUUUGGUUAAGUACAUUUAUCAUUUUUGGACAUAGAAACAAGAUGAAAAAUGACCAUGAAACAAAUUAGGACAAAAAUACUCAUUAAGAAAAUGAUUUUGUGCAGUGUAAUAGUAUCAAUCAUGUCUAAUCCAUUUUCUAUCUAUCUAUCUAUCUAUCUAUCUAUCUAGUUGGACAGCUGUCAUUUUGUUGGAAUCAGCUUGGUUUUAUGUGGGUAAAAUGGUCCAGUUGUGUCUAUGUACUUGCCUGUACUUGAAAGCGUGUACCCUUUAAGAGAAAUAUCAUGGACCUAGAACGAUCUUCAUGUUAUAAAUGAAGCUUAAAAGUUCAUGUUCUUUACAAUCUCUUAUUUGUCCUUCCUGUCUGUCAAAACUGCUGGAUUUGAACAUUCAAUGCAAAGCCCUUCACAUAUCUCUGCUUUCAUAGAGAUUCACUCAGGCUUACAUCCUUUCAUUUCGUUUGUACACCUCCACUAUUUUAUUCAGUCCAAAUAUGAUUGCUGUGAAGCAGUAUUGGCACAAGGCCCUUUGAAGAUGUCAAAGCCAGUGGGAAGAAUGAGGGGGGAAAAGUAUAUAUUAUACACCCACACUGGUUUGCACACACGCACGCACACACACACAAAUUUAGCCUAGAGUUCAUGCAUUCUACCUGACUGAUAUGCCUCUGGAGAUGAUUGUUGUUUUUUUAUCUGUUUCUAUCAAUUUCAGAAGAAUA